GCGCACGUGGGCGCGGUGGGGUCGCGGUCGUUAGUGGCAGUCGGACCAGGGGGACGCGGAGGACGGGAGGGGCGCGCCGGGUGGGAUCGAGCCCGUAACGCCGCGGAGGGCGGAGGCCUCGGGGCGGUGGGCUCGCGAGCUCCCCAGGUCUUCCCCGGGAACCCCGUCUCCUGGGCCGCACCCCCCUCGCCCGGACCCGCGUGCUUUCCUGCCUCCGGCCCUCGGUUUACUCCCUUCUGUCCUCCUGGAGUUAAGUGUCUGUAGGUACGAGAAAUAGUACGACAUAGUCCACCCUGGUCCUUCAGUGCUCCGCUGCCUAGAAGCGGGGACGGACCACAAGGUAACUACAGUUCGGUAUGGUCGUGGAUGCCCCCAAGACAUAGCGCAAAAGGCACCUCAGCAAGGCCUGUUUUUCUCCUCCAAAACUGUUACUUCUCAUCAGUCAGUACUUUGUUUUCUGGAUCAUGUGACCUAAGAUUGUGCUUAUUGAACUGCUUGGUUCUCAUCUCCCCGGCUAGAUUCUGAAGGUGGGAGUUCCCACGCCUGUCUCGGCCUCCCCUCCGGAGCACAUAAUUAGAUUUUUUCGGAAUGGCCGCGGCUCCUCAGGCACCGGGGAGGGGCUCCGUUCGGAAAACGAGACCCUUAACCGUAAAGACCUCGCUGAACAACCCUUACUCCAUCUGCUGGAGCGUGCUCGAGAGAGAACACAUGCACUUCAUACUGCAGACGCUUGAAGACAGAUUUAAAUCUCUUGGGCUUCGGAAGAUGGAGGAUAAGAAGAAAAAGAGAAAGCAGUUUUUAAAAGAACCAAGCCCAGACGGGUGUGGCACAGAGGUUGAGAAGAGCGAGGGCCCGAAGGAGAAACCGCCAGAAGGUAGCGAGCAGGGGUCAGGGUGGACCCCCGUGGACGUCAGGAAGCAGCUCGCCAUUGGCAUCAAUGAAGUCACCCGCGCUCUGGAAAGGAACGGGCUGCUGCUGGUCCUGGUGUGCAGGUCAGCCAAGCCCGCCAUCCUCACCUCGCACCUGAUUCAGUUAAGUCUGAGCCGGGCGGUUCCCGCUUGUCAGGUUCCCCGGCUCAGCGAGAGGCUCGCACCGGUCAUCGGCCUGAAGUGCGUCCUGGCCUUGGGGUUCAAAAAGACCACCACAGCCUUUGACGCUGAAGUCAGAGCUAUAAUUCCCCGAGUACCCAGCUUACACGUGCCCUGGCUUCAAGGCAGACCCGAGGACUCCGGGGCAAGUUUAGACACUGCGUCCUCAGAAAGCCGAGACAGAGAGGUUUUGGACACGUCCUUUGAAGACCUCUCUAAACAGAAAAGAAAGCUUGUUGGAAGUCAGCAGGCUGUGGUGUUACAACCCCUUAAAAUAAAGAAACUGAUUCCAAACCCCAAUAAGAUAAGAAAACCACCCAAAGGUAAAAAAACGACCUCAAAGUAAUCUCGGGUCAGCUUAUCGUUUCGCACAGUUGUAAGAUGACACUUUACGAAGAAGCCUUGGAACUAAUAAAAUUUGUUAUUUUUA